GGUGCCCAGUCUCUCUGACAGCACGGCAGACAGGCCCACCAUGAGCUGUUUUCCGCCCAGCCUCUGCUCACCAUGCGGACGCUGAGAUGGUUCCUGUUUCUGCCUCUGUGCAUCUCUUGCACCUGCGCCUUCAUAUUUUCCCCGCUGAGGGAGAAAGCCAAAGAAAGCCCAGGGAAGGUGCCUUGUGGAGGACAUUUCCGGGUUAGACAGAAUCUUCCAGAGCACUCCCAAAGCUGGCUUGGGAGCAAAUGGCUCUGGCUUUUCUUCGUCAUUAUGGUAUAUGUGGUGCUGAAAUUUCGAGGAGACAGCGAGAAGGAUAAGGAACAGAAUCCUACUGGCCUUCGAAGCUGUCAAUUUCGCUCUCCAUCGAAGAAAAAUCAAAGUAUUUCCCCCAGCAAAGAUUUCACUUUCAAUACUUUAACCCAGCUCGAGAGAGAACUGGUGAGAUUUGUGUCCAAGGUGCGGAAUCUUAAAGCCUCCAUGGCAGCCAGCAGUAGCUCCAGGCUGCAUAGCCCGGAGAUAUCCAUGGACCCGCGCAAUAACGUCACGAUAUAUGAGAUAUGGGGAGAGGAAGACUCUGAGUGAGUGGAUGGGACUUUUAUCACAGAGGGAGAGAAGAUAAGCCAAGUGUUGGCACUGUAUCCAAAUAAUAAAGACUAUUCUGAACAAAGA